AUGGCGCCCAGCGCAGUUCCUUCCGAACCCGCUCCCCACGACGUCAUCGCCUCCAAGUCCCUCAACGCCGCCAGUACCAGCCCGUUCCAGCUCACAGAAGCCGGGAAGAAGGAGGUCGACUUUGUUCUUCGCAUAUUCCGCUGUCUCAUCGCCGACCUAUGCGAGCAGUACGAGGGCGGCCACCCUGGCGGCGCCAUGGGCAUGGCCGCCAUCGGAACCUCCCUCUGGAAAUACGCCAUGAGAUACUCCCCCAGCAACCCAAAUUACUUCAACAGAGACCGCUUCGUUCUCUCCAAUGGCCACACAUGUCUGUUCCAAUACACCUUCCUGCACUUGACCGGCUACAAAAACAUGACGCUCGACCAGCUCAAGUCCUAUCACUCGAGACGCACCGACUCCCUCUGCCCCGGUCACCCCGAAAUCGAACAUGAGGGCAUCGAGGUGACGACCGGUCCCCUAGGCCAGGGCAUCGCCAACGCCGUCGGUCUUGCCGUCGCUACCAAGCACUUGGCCGCCACCUACAACCGCCCCAACUUCCCCGUCGUCGAUAACAUGACGUGGUGCAUGAUCGGAGACGCCUGCUUGCAAGAGGGCGUGGCCAUGGAGGCCAUCCAGCUUGCUGGCCACUGGAGGCUCAACAACCUGGUUGUCAUGUACGACAACAACCAGGUCACCUGUGACGGCAGCGUCGACCUUUGCAAUACCGAGGACGUCAACGCCAAGAUGCGCGCCUGCGGCUGGGACGUCAUCGACAUCGAGGACGGUAACUGGGACGUCGAGACCAUCGUCCGCGCCAUGGACAAGGCCCGCGGCAGCAGGGACAAGCCGACCUUUAUCAACAUCCACACCGUCAUCGGCAUCGGCAGCGCCGUCGCCGGCGACGCCAAGGCCCACGGUGCCGCCUUCGGUGCCGCCGACGUCGCCAGCAUCAAGAAGAACUUUGGCAUGGACCCCGAGCAGCACUUCGUAAUCGGCGACCGUGUCUACGACUACUUCCGCGAGGCCGUGUCUCGCGGCGACAAGAUCGAAGCCGAGUGGAACGAGCUGGUCGAGGCCUACUCGCGGGACCACCCCGAGCUAGCUGCCGAGUUCAAGAAACGUGUUGCCGGGGAUUGGGUCGACGACUGGCGCAAGUUCAUCCCGGCCAAGGAGGAGUUUCCCACCACGCCGACGCCCUCGCGCAAAUCGGCGGGUUUGGUCUGCAACCCCAUCGCCGCCGGCCUGAACAACCUGAUGGUCGGCACUGCGGACUUGUCACCCUCUGUUAACAUGAUGUGGAAAGGCAGUGUUGACUUCCAAAACCCUGAUCUGAAAACGACGUGCGGCACCAACGGCAACUACGUCGGCCGCUACAUCCACUACGGCGUCCGCGAGCACGCCAUGGCGUCCAUCGCCAACGGUCUGGCUGCCUUCAACAAAGGGACCAUCCUGCCGGUGACGUCCAGCUUCUUCAUGUUCUACAUCUACGCCGCCCCCGGUGUGCGCAUGGGUGCCCUUCAACGCCUGCAGCAGAUUCACAUUGCGACGCACGACUCGAUUGGCACUGGUGAGGACGGCCCCACCCACCAGCCCAUCGCGCUGCCUGCCCUCUACCGGGCGAUGCCGAAUCUGUUCUACGUCCGACCGUGCGACAGCGAGGAGACGGCUGGCGCGUUUGUUCUGGCGAUGGAGGCCAAGGACACGCCGACCAUCAUCUCGCUCUCCCGUCAGAGCCUCGAGCAGUACCCGCAGAACACAUCGCGCGAGGGCGUGCGGCGGGGCGCCUACGUGUUCCGGGAGGCGGCGGGCGCGGACGUCACGCUCAUUGGGGUGGGCGCCGAGAUGGUGUUCGCCGUCAAGGCGGCCCAGGUGCUCGCCGACAAGCACGGCAUGACAGCGCGCAUCGUAAGCUUUCCCUGCCAACGGGUGUUCGAGCGGCAGCCGGUGGAGUACAAGAGGGAGGUGCUGCAGUACCGGUCGCAGGCGCCUCGGGUGGUGAUCGAGGCCUACGCUGUCAACGGGUGGGAGCGGUACGCGGACGCGGGCUUCUCGAUGAGCACGUUCGGCCACUCGCUGCCGGGCCCAGACGCGUAUCGAUACUUUGGUUUCGACGAGGCCGUCAUCGCGCCGGCGGUCGCCCGCCUCGUGGAGGAGGUCAGGGCCAAUGGCGUGGACAGCCUUCGGGGAGAGUUCCGCGACCUCAACCCAGUCCGGCAUUGA